AUGACCAAGGUCUCCCUUGAUUUUUUUUCUGGCAGAAAAGGAAGUAUUAUUGUGGAGCAUGAGGUUCGUAUUCAAUCUACUUCUCAAACUGCUGAACAAGAUAAAGAAACCUUUGAUGGAAUUCUGAAUAAUAGUCUAUAUGAAAUAAAUUGCAACAAUGACUCAUCAAUAGAUAACGAUACGUUCUGCUUCAAUGCAACAAGUUUUGAGUUCAGGAUAGACGAAACAUCUAUUACUCCAACAACAGGGCCCGAACCUUCAGAACCAUCUACACCAAUUGAUACCUCUUCUACUUUAGAUCCAACAUCAACUUCAUUCUCAGAGACAUUCGUUACUGAAUCAACAGAACAACAAUCUUCAGAAUUUUCUACAGCAACUGUUUCCUCAUCUACUUUAGAUACAUCAUUUACUAUUACAACAACAGGGCCCGAACCUUCAGAACCAUCUACACCAAUUGAUACCUCUUCCACUUCAGAUCCAACGUCUACUUUACCCUCAGAGACAUCUGUUACUGAAUCAACAGAACAACAAUCUCCAGAUUCCUCUACAGCAACUGUUUCCUCAUCUACUUCAGAUACAUCAUUUAUAAUUACAACAACAGGGCCCCAACCUUCAGAACCAUCUACACCAAUUGAUACCUCUUCUAUAUCAAAUCCAACAUCUACUUCAUCCUCAGAGACAUCUGUUACUGAAUCAACAGAACAACAAUCUCCAGAUUCCUCUACAGCAACUGUUUCCUCAUCUACUUCAGAUACAUCAUUUGCUAUUACAACAACAGGGCCCCAACCUUCAGAAUCAUCUAUACCGAUUGUUACCUCUUCUACUUCAGAUCCAACAUCUACUUCAUCCUCAGAGACAUCUGUUUCUGUAUCAACAGAACAACAGUCUCCAGAAUCUUCUACAGCAACUGUUUCCUCAUCUACCUCAGAUACAUCAUUUACUCCUACAACCAACGUAUUAUCUUCGAUAAGCACAACGCCUUUCACUGUACCAGAUGCAUCUAUUACUCCAACAACAGGGCCCCAACCUUCAGAACCAUCUACACCAUUUGAUACCUCUUCUAUAUCAAAUCCAACAUCUACAUCAUCCUCAGAGACAUCUGCUACUGUAUCAACAGAACAACAAUCUCCAGAAUCUUCGAUAGCAACUGUUUCCUCCUCUACUUCAGGUACAUCAUUUUUUACAACAGGACCCCAACCUUCAGAACCAUCUACACCAAUUGUUAUCUCUUCUUCUACUUCAGAUCCAACGUCUACUUCAUCCUCAGAGACAUCUGCUACUGUAUCAACAGAACAACAAUCUCCAGAAUCUUCUACAGCAACUGUUUCCUCAUCUACUUCAGAUACAUCAUUUAUUACAAUAGGACCCCAACCUUCAGAACCAUCUACACCAAUUGUUACCUCUUCCACUUCAGAUCCAACAUCUACUUUAUCCUCAGAGACAUCUGUUACUGUAUCAACAGAACAACAAUCUCCAGAAUCUUCUACAGCAACUGUUUCCUCCUCUACUUCAGCUACAUCAUUUAUAAUUACAACAGGACCCCAACCUUCAGAACCAUCUACACCGAUUGUUACCUCUUCCACUUCAGAUCCAACGUCUACUUCAUCCUCAGAAACAUCUGUUACUGUAUCAACAGAACAACAAUCUCCAGAAUCUUCGAUAGCAACUGUUUCCUCCUCUACUUCAGAUACAUCAUUUUUUACAACAGGACUCCAACCUUCAGAACCAUCUACACCAAUUGUUACCUCUUCUUCUACUUCAGAUCCAACGUCUACUUCAUCCUCAGAGACAUCUGCUACUGUAUCAACAGAACAACAAUCUCCAGAAUCUUCUACAGCAACUGUUUCCUCAUCUACUUCAGCUACAUCAUUUAUUAUUACAACAACAGGACCCCAACCUUCAGAGCCAUCUACACCAUUUGAUACCUCUUCUAUAUCAAAUCCAACAUCUACUUCAUCCUCAGAGACAUCUGCUACUGUAUCAACAGUACAACAAUCCCCAGAAUCUUCUACAGCAACUGUUUCCUCCUCUACUUCAGCUACAUCAUUUAUUAUUACAACAACAGGACCCCAACCUUCAGAACCAUCUACACCGAUUGUUACCUCUUCCACUUCAGAUCCAACAUCUACUUCAUCCUCAGAAACAUCUGUUACUGUAUCAACAGAACAACAAUCUCCAGAAUCUUCUACAGGAACUGUUUCCUCCUCUACUUCAGGUACAUCAUUUACUAUUACAACUGACGUAUUAUCUUUAGUGAGCACAACACCUCUCACUGUACCAGCUGCUGUCACCAUAACAAUCAAUGUGACUGUUAAAAUCAAUGAAAGUUUUUCAAGUGCUCUUGAAGACAACUCCACCGCAAUAUAUAGCAAUUUUACAACUCGGUUUCAGGAUCAGAUGAAAAAGUUCUACAAAAGAAUACUAUUAAAGGAUGUGGAAAUCUUUAUACACUCAAUUUACAAUGGAAGCAUUAUUGUGGAGCACAUAGUUCGCAUUCUAUCUAAUAUUCAAACUGCCGUAGAAGAUAAAGAAUUCUAUGACAAAAUUCUGACUGCUGUGCAAGAUCAAAUAAAUCAAAUAAAUUGCACCAAUGAUCCGUCAAUAGAUAACAAAGGGAAAUUGAGUACUAAUACAUUUUUUAAAGAUACUGAUCGGAAUGCUUUUAUUCCUGUCACAAGCUGUCAUCAUAGUUCUUGGCUGGCAGCAGUACCGAAAGGUAAAUUCCAGCGUAUAAGAAGGAAUUGCACAGAAAUUAUGGACUAUCAUGAGCAAUCCAAUACCCUCAAGCAAAGAUUCUUGAAUAAAGGAUACCAUGAGGGUAUGAUCAAUGAGACAAUCACUAAGGUGGAACAGAUGGAUAGAGAGUCUUUACUGAUAAGAAGCAGCAAAACGAAUGCCAUCUCCUCAGAUAAAUUCAGUUGGUCUAUGACCACAAAGUACUCCAAUCAACAUUUCUCAAUUAAAAAGAUUUUAAAGAAACAUUGGGAUGUCCUUAGAAGUGACAAGGUCCUGGAAGCCCAUAUCCCUGAAACGCAAAUGCACUAA